UGCAGGCCUCCCCGCCGCUGGCGAGAGAGAGCGCCGGCAUCAGUUGUCCCCGUGGUAAUGGCUGCACUCUGAUUGGCUGCCGUCGCCGCUCGUCCUCCGUCGUGCUUCGCCGACAUCCUUACCCAUGGCACCACCGCUCCUCCACUUCCGCCUCCAUCCACGAUGCCUCCUCCUGCCCCGCCUCCGCCGCUCCGUCCCCGCCCGCCUCAGCCUCAAAACCCUCUGCUCCUCCUCCUCCUCCUCGGAUUACUCCCCCGCGCGGACCCCGCCGCCCCUCCACGGCCCCUCGCUCCGCCGCGGCCGCGCCCCGCCGGACCACCCGGACGACCCCUUCGCUCGCUCCUUCGACCUCGCCGCGCUCCGCGUCCCCGCCGCCGCAUGCGCGCCACUCGAGCGCCGCCUCCGGGGCCACCUCCUCAACUGGCCCCGCGUCCGCAACGUCGUCCGCCUCCCCAACGACCAGGAGGGCCUCCUCGCCCUGCCGUCUCCCCCGCGCCUCUCCGCCGAGGAAUUGGGCACCCCGUCCCCGGUGGCGCGGCGGGAGAAGCUGGCCCGCGAGUUCAACGCCCGGGGCUUCGUGCGUUUCCCCAACCUCGCCCGCCUCUCGCGGCCCAGUCGUCCCGCCGCGCGGAAGCGGAGGGAGAGGAAGGCGGGAGGUGAGAGCGACGAGGAGGCCACGCGUGGGCGUGACAAAGGCAAGGUGUAUGUGGUGGAGGUGGUGGGGGAGGGAAGGGAGGGCGACGAAGACGAUGACGAUUUGAAGGGGUUGGUCGGGGAAGAGGGCCUCGGGAGGCGCGCGUGGCGGCGGACUGGCCCCAGCCGGCUGCUGCUGCUGGACGAGAAAUACGCCGGAAGGGGAGUUGAUGAGCUCCCAGAGGCCGUCAAGGUUGUUUUAGGCCAUGAAAGUCACCAGAAUGGAUCAUCUGCCUAUGAGCUUGUACAUUGUCAGCUAACCUUGUUUUACAACUACUGGCUGAUGCAUGAUGACAUGAGGAAUUCAGGAUAUGACAUCAUUGGGUCGCUGAUGCGUGGGGUAUUAGAGGCACUACUCCCUGAUGAAGGUGUAAUAAUUCCAACAGGCUUUGAAACAGUGGGGUAUAUUGCGCACUUGAACUUAUGGGAUGAGCAUCUACCUUAUAAGAAACUUAUUGCUCAGGUGGUACUGGACAAAAACAAGCCGAAAGUCUAAACUGUCGUCAAUAAGACUGAUUCUAUUCAAAAUGAUUACUGAACUGUGCAACUUGAAGUCUUAGCUUGUAAUGAUUCGUAAUGAUUCGCUCCGCACAACGGUCAUUGAGAGUGGUCUUCGUUUUCAAGUUGAUCUUGGAACAGUGUAUUGGAAUCCUAGGUUGGCCACGGAGAGGCAGAGGCUCGUCAACAAUAUCUUUAAGAGCUCUGAUGUUGUUUGUAAAUCAAAGUGCUGUUCUUCGUAGCACUGUUAUGCCCCUUUUUAAAUAAUUGGCAAAUGCUGAACCUAACAUAUACUUGCAACUUCUUAUCAUUCCAUGCUUUGCAAUUCGAAUUUUUCUGUUUUGUCCCCAGAAAUCUUACCAUCAAACACGAGAGCCCAUGUUACUUUGACUUUCUUCUAUAGCGUCAAUGUCGCUACACAUUGAGAAGUACCAAGGUCAAUCGGA